AUGCUCACUACCACCCUCACCUCCGGUCUGGCUGCCAUCCUUGCUUGUGCCCAUUCUGUAAAUGCAGCACCCCAAGCGAUGAGACGUGCAACCCCCGAGCUCAGCCUGACAGCUCAACUCCAACUUGCCGACACUGCGGUUGAUCGUUACAAACUCUUGCCAAGGGAUGAAGACUUCAUCUUCGACUUCACCAAAAGUGAAUCCCCUUUCGCAAACCGCAAGAACUUCCCAGCCCUAGUUGGCACUGGAACCUCAUUCAGCGUGAGCCAAUUGCCAGCAUAUCCUACCUCCACCUCCACCCCCGCGCCAGCGAGCUCUUCGUCGUUAACUCCGGGCGCGUAA